AUCUUUCGAUCCUCUCCUAUAUUCACAUCAGUCAGUUUACUUACCCAUAUCUACCCGAAAUGCCUCCAAUACCACCUUCGGGCCGUCCGCGGGUAAUCGUCUAUUACCAAACCCAUCACUCGCCAUCCAAUGGCGCACCUAUAUCUGUGUUACCCCUCGUCACCCAACCAAACAUCGACCUCACCCACCUCAUCCUCGCGGCCAUCCACAUCAAUGAGGAUCCGCACAAGCUCACACUCAAUGACCAUGCGCCUUCCCAUCCCCGGUUCCAGACGCUAUGGGCCGAGAUGCGCGUGCUGCAGGCAUCGGGCGUCAAGGUGAUGGGUAUGCUUGGCGGCGCGGCAAAGGGGAGCUUUACGCGUCUCGAUGGUUCACAGGACCAGUUUGAGCGCUACUACGCGCCUCUGCAUGCCCUUAUCAAGGAACGGCACUUGGACGGGAUGGAUCUCGACGUUGAAGAGGAGAUGUCACUCAAUGGCAUCAUCCGCCUCAUCGACCGCCUCCGCGCCGACUUUGGAUCCAGCUUCAUCAUCACGCUGGCACCCGUCGCGACAGCCCUCGUAGACUUCACCAAGAACAUCAGUGGCUUCAACUACGAGGAGCUCGAGGUCAUGCGAGGCAAGGACAUUGCGUGGUACAAUACCCAGUGGUACUGUGGGUGGGGCGAUUUCAGCAAUCCUAUCCUGUUUGAGUGGAUGGUCUUCAAGGGCUGGCCGGUCGACAAGCUCGUCAUCGGCUUGGUCACAAGCCCUGCGAACGGUUCUGGUUUCAUCUCGAUGGAUCUCGUGGGACAGUCACUCACAUUGCUGACCGCGCGAUACGGCGGAUUUGGAGGUGUAAUGGGCUGGGAGUAUUUUAAUAGCUUACCAGGCGGCGAAGGUCGGCCCUGGGAAUGGGCGCAGGCCAUGACGCAGUUGACGAGGAAACAUUUUACCGGAACAGCGAAAAAGGAGGUCGUGGAGAUCGACGGGUCAUGGCAUGCCCACGUACCCACGGACUUUGAGUAUUACUCAGAUGAUAGCGAUGCUGAUAGCUGACCCGAGUCUAUUCGGAUUUACAUAAGCGAAAAUAGAGACCAGCGUUAUACAUUGGGAUUUUUAUCAAUGUGUUAGCCCAAAGAGCCUCUGUGACACUUUGAAGUCUACAGUCACUGCCUGGCCGCACGCGAAAUCUGUUGUCACCAAAAGGGCCUAUGCUAGGAG